AUGGCAGGCGAAUGGUUUCGACGAACCCCUGCCCGGGAGAACAUUGAGGCAAAUGAUUGCGAGGAAGCAGGACAAGUUCACACCGAAGAUGAGAGCAUUGGGGCAUCUAGAACGGAUUUUUGUGAAAGCGACGAGUCAUUGCCAUUAUCUGAGUCCAGUCCUGAGCUAAGAAGACGAUACCGCAUCCUCACGGACUUGAUCAACAGACUUAUAGAAGCUAGACCCAGGAUUGUCUUUCGGGCACACUACAUAGCGCCUGAUUCCAAUCACGUCUAUGGUCUCAUACACUUUUUGAAACAUGGCGAACCUGCUUGGACUUCUGAUGGCUUUGAACAUGAAAUGAGCAAGGUAAUAUCUGCAUGUUAUCGCUGUGGUAAGGAGGGGCGAAGUAAAGGUUCAUGGGUUAUGGACUAUGUCCGACCGCUCUUAGACUUGGCCAUUGAUGAUCUGCCAUUGGAUUCGUGGAGCGUGCAAGCAGAGCCUGUGAGGGACAAGUAUCUGCCUGCUCAUAGUGCGAGAGGCAUGUUCAAUCAUAAAGUUGACUUAGUCGUUGGUCUACCGAAAGAGCCUUGGAAUGAAAGUUAUACGCUCGCCGGGAUAGAUAUCCCCGAUCGAGAUCUGAGUCACAUCGAGCAUCCGCACACAGGGAAAAGACUACUUGGCCUCGGCGUCAAAGUCAAAGGGUUUGACGGUACUCGUGAUGAAGCUCGCGUACAAUUGGGAGUAUGGAUGGCUGGUCUAAUGUCUUGGGCUCAUGAUUCUUAUCGACAUGUCUGUCCAGAUAUUCCCCCUCCACCUGUUAUCGGAUGCACAGUGGUGGGAUCUGUUUGGAGAUUCUACAUAAUAUAUGCGAUGGGUUGUUCUUCUGGGAAGUUAAAAGAUGUGUAUAUCUCGGGUCCCAUUCCUGAGCUUGAGGGGGAUGCCACAAGCCGAAAACGCAUGCUUGAACUUGUCAUCACCCUGAACCGUGUUAUGCAGUAUAUUCGCUGGAAUUAUGCGCCGCAAAUGUUUGGUCGCCUUGUCUUGAACGUCUGA